UGUUUUUUUUUGUCUGACGUCUAAUAUUGAAGUGGACUAAAAUUUGAAUCGAAUACAAUAGGGCCUCAAGAGUGACACUCCAACAUAAUUAUUUUGAUAACCAAAUUCGAACUCGAGACCGUUUGUUGAUAUUUAUUCAGGUUAUUGCUAAAUAGGUCUUGUAAAUUGAGCAAUCAGUUAUAUCCUUGCCAUCAAAAUCUUCAGUUUACAAAAAUGAGUGUCCUGCAGUGGCUCAAAGCCUCAAGAAGAGAAAAGAUUCUUCCUUUAUUGCAAGGUUAGUUCCCUCUCAAUGAAAUAUCAGUUGGGUUCCUCAAGAAAAUGAAGAUUCUGAAACAAAUUCGUAAGUUUUCAACCUUUAUUGAUUCAACCAAGCACACCCACCAAGUGUUUGUGAAAUUGAUAACCCCUAAACGAAGCAAAUUGGACCCAAUUCCGUUGCCUCACAGAACCAUUUCUGAUCCCAAAGGUCAAGAUCUUGAUUUUGUUAAUGUAGCUCAUAGUCAUCUUAUACACUCUGAUUGGACUAAGCUUGAGAAUUUGUCUUCUGGCCUAACCCCAUUUAGAGUUAAGCACAUUUUGCUGAAAAUUCAAAAGGAUUAUGUUUUAUCUCUUGAAUUCUUCAAAUGGGUUGAGGUUAAAAGUCCGAAUUCGAAUACCCUUGAGAAUCAUUCCAUUGUUCUUCAUGUUCUUACUAAGAGUAAAAAGUUUAAAUCUGCUGAAUCAAUUUUGAGGAAGCUUCUUGUAUCAGGUUCUGUUGAUUUUCCUGGUAAAUUGUUUGAAGCUAUAGUUUUAUCAUAUCGAAUGUGUGAUUCUUCACCGCGUGUUUUUGACUCAUUGUUCAAGUGUCAUGCUCAUUUGAAGAAGUUUAGGAAUGCUAGUGAUACAUUUUGCAGUAUGAAGCAGUAUGGGUUUGUUCCCACUGUUGAGUCUUGCAAUGCAUUCAUGAGCGCGUUGCUUAGUUUUGAUAGGGUAGAUGUUGCAUUGGCUUUUUAUAAGGAGAUGCGUCGGUCAAGGAUUUCGCCUAAUGUUUAUACCUUUAAUAUGGCCAUGAGUGCUUUAUGCAAAUCGGGAAAACUAGAAAAGGCUGUUGAGGUCUUAAGGGAGAUGGAGAACAUAAGUUUGAAACCGACAGCUGUGUCUUAUAACACUUUGAUUGCCGGACAUUGUAACCGGGACAUCUUGAGUGUUGCACUGAAACUUAAGACCACGAUGGAGAUGAAUGGGGUACAACCAGUUAAUGUUACAUACAACACUCUUAUUCAUGGUUUAUGCAAGGUAGGGAAAUUACAUGAAGCAAACAAACUUUUCAGCGAGAUGAAGAGAACCGGUGUGGCUCCUAAUGUUGUCACUUAUAAUACGCUGAUAAACGCGUAUAGCCAGGUUGGUAAUUCUGAAAUGGGAAGUAGGCUUUUCGAGGAGAUGGCAAACAAUGGAUUGAAGGCUGAUAUCUUGACUUACAAUGCAUUGAUUAUGGGACUGUGCAAGGAGGGGAAGACAAAGAAAGCUGCAUUUUUGGUCAAAGAACUUGAUAAAGCAAACUUAGUUCCUAAUUCCUCUACUUUCUCUUAUCUGAUCAGUGGACAGUGUACCAGAAGGAAUCCUGAUCGUGCGUUUCAACUCUAUAAAAGCAUGGUUAGAGGUGGUUUUCACCCUAAUAAGCCCACUUUGACUCUAUUGAUAUCCACCUACAUCAAGAAUGAGGAUUAUGAUGGAGCAAUGGAAGUCUUGAAAGAGAUGCUAGAAAGAUCUAUUACCCCUGACUUGGGUAUGUUAACUGAAAUAUGCAGCAUGUUUCUCAGAUGCGGCAGAGAAGGAGCGAUCAUAAAACUCUUACAAGAACUAGAAGCUAAACGCCUCAUGCCCGAAGGUUUUGAUAAAACAAAAGUGAUUAGCUCUACAGACGGAAGAUAGAAUGUAUUUUUUUAACAAGAAAUAGAAUCUAGACGCUCAUGCCUGAAGGUUCCCAGCAGUCAGGUUUGGUCCUCCGGACAGCAACCCGGCUGGUAUAUACCCCACAUAGGAAACUGGGCUGUGAGGUGAGUAACUAUAUUCAACAAUCAUUUGGCAACACCGUUCCUAAGCCCUUCUAAGUAAAAGGGGAUGUUUUCAGUCCCAAGUAACUUUGUCAGUACUCCUUUUCAUUCGACAGACUGAAGAUAGAAUGUAAGUUGUACUCACUUGUACACAACUUUGUUCCAAUUAUGCCACAACAACUGUAAUUUUCGCUUUUUCUAAAAAUCAAUUACUCUGGUAUCAAUGAGCUCUUUCUUCAUGACCAAAAUGGUUUGCCUCGUCAACAAUUGAAACUUGUUUUGCAAAGAUUAGUCUCAACUGUUAAAUAUACUUCUAAAAUGUUACCUGGACAAUGAACAUAUGAUAGUGUCAAUGAGGAUACAAUUUUUUUUUUAUAUCAUCUGUAUCGAAUAAUUUAUUUUCUUAAUGAACAACAACAAUUGCUCCUCAAUCUAAGCUAGCUAGGAUCAGCUAGACAUGUAUUUCUUGAUGAAGUCAAACAAAAAUUCUUUUUUGCCACAUUGUUCUUCUAUAUGUUGCAACUGAUAUGGUAUUUGCUAGAGAAGGUCGUUUAGCUGAUUGUCAGAUGACAAAGUGUUAUAUGAUUCAAUCUUAUUCAAUUCUACUUUUGUAUUGUUUCUGAUAGUCUUAUUUGGCUGUUGUUCCAAUAAAUUCGGAACUAAACCAGUUGGCCUAGGAAAUUACAAUGUCUUCUAAGUUGUUUUCCUUAUCCAAAGUUUCUAUUCAUGUGUUUUCUCUAAAAACCUUAGUUUACCCCUUCCUAAUUCAGGGUGCUUCUUUCUGUCAUAUGGUGUGUGGAAAGAAUGAAGCAAGCUCCAAAAGUUAAACUGAUGAAUUUAUUAAAGAUCUUGAAUAUUCUGCUGCCAACAGUAGAGGCAUAGCUACUCAAGCCGUUGAAGUGUGCGAGAGUGUUUAAGUGUCUUUUGAUGCUCAAGAUAAAGAAUGGGUAUUAUUUUUAUUUAUUUUUAUAAGGUAAAGGUUUAUUGACUAAGUACCAAGAAGGUACCAAAACCAAAAUUUACAAAAGACUGCUGGGAAUAUCCAUACAGUCAAUUACAACAUCUUCCUAGCAACUCCAAAAACACCAUAUAUUGAUCUAUAUUAUCAAUGAAACUACUUUUACCCCAACAAAACAAAUUACACUUGUUUUUAACUCUAGAAAUAUGAUCUUUUUGCCCAUCAAAACAAGCUUCUAUUUCUUUCUAGCCAGAUAGUCCAGAAUAUGCGCAAAGACCGCAAAGGUAUAGUUCUCCAAUUUGCUUCAAAGUUUAUGUGUUCUCUGGUGCCGCCAACUCUCCAAUAAUUCCUUCACACUCUGAGGCAUGAUCCAAGCAAAUACUGAAGAAAAAUUCCCAACAUUGUCUAGCCAUUCUGCAAUGCAUAAGAAGGUGAUUCACAGUCUCCAACUCUUC